UGACGUCCCGAGGACGCUUUGCCUCUUGGGAAAUGAAGUCUUUUAGUUAUUUUUUUCCCUAGUUUUCGAAGAGCUUACCGUUCACCUGAAUACAGGCCCGCGCAUCGCGAAGGAUCCAGGUGUUUGGAGACCAGGAGCCUGAAUGCGGAGCCGGCGUUUCGGGGUGGGACACCCCGAUGUGGAGUGAGGCUUCGGGAGUCUCAGUGGACUGUGUACCGCGAACUCUUGCAGUCCUCAGGCUCAGCGCCCGCAGCCACAACCCACUUGGGGUGGGCCUGAUUUGGAGCCGAGAGAAUGGGGGCGCUCCCGGCGGCCUGGCUGCGGGAGGUGGGGGCACACUGAGGGAAGAGUGUUGAUGAGGGAAUCUAGGGUUCAGAGGUCAGAGAUCAGGCUUGCGAGGAGUUGGAGGGGGGCGUCGAAAGUCGAGGGGGCCAGCGGCUGACAACUCAGGCAAGAUGUUUAUGGGUAAGGGGCUUGAGGAAGGAGAGGUGUAACCGGUCUGGCAGCCUUCUUCGGGUACGGGCUGUGACCCCAAGCUCGCUCGGUAAACAGCAGAAAGAGGAGGAGGACCGAUGUAGUCUCUCGAGAGCGAGGAGACUGAAGAGAGACGAGAGAACGAAAAAGGAAUUCCCUGAAUAUUUAUUCCUUGGGUUCGGCUCUCACUGUUAGCUACUUAGCCAGGCUUUCCUCAGUUGUGACCUUAGGUCUUGGCAUCCCGAGGAGAUAGAUGGCUUCUCCCUCUAGACAGCCCCCACUCGGGGGAUCAGGGCUGCUGCAAGGGAGCCGUGCUCGUUCUUAUGGAAGCCUGGUACAAUCGUCCUGCUCCCCAGUGAGGGAAAGACGCCUGGAGCAUCAGUUGGAGCCUGGAGACACCCUGGCUGGACUAGCUCUCAAAUAUGGGGUGACGCAGUCCGCAAGCUCUUUAAGAGCAGAAAUAGUUCCUUUCAACCUUCCGUCUCUAAAUUCUGGCCUAGUCUCAAUUACAUGGAAGUUUAACAGCUAUCUGGAAGCUGCCUGGCAUGGUGGCACACGCCUUCAAUCCCAGCACUCGAUGGAACAGAUUAAGCGUACAAACCGCCUUUAUACUAACGACUCCAUCUUCCUGAAGAAAACUCUCUACAUCCCCAUCCUGACAGAGCCCAGAGACCUGUUUAAUGGUUUGGAUUCUGAGGAGGAAAAUGAUGGAGAGGAGGUACGACCCAGGAAGGAUGGCGCUGGUUCACUUUCAGGGAAGAGGAAGAAUGAAGAGUCAGGUUCGGGCCGGGCCAAUGGCGAAGCCCUCCCGCCGCACCAGGAAACCUCCACACCCAUCCAUGACCUUUCUGCCUCUGAUUUCCUUAAGAAGCUCGAUUCACAGAUCAGCCUGUCAAAGAAGGCUGCUGCCCAGAAGCUGAGGAAAGGGGAAAGUGGGGUCCCUGAGGAGGGCACAGGGCUCCACCUCAGCUCCCCUAGGACGCAGCAGCGAGCAGUGCUCGGUCCGGUACCACUGACCCGGACCUCCCGGACCCAAACACUGCGGGAUCAGGAGGAUGAGAUUUUCAAGCUCUGACGGUACCACUGACCCAGACCUCCCGGACCCAAACACUGCGGGAUCAGGAGGAUGAAAUCUUCAAACUCUGAUGUCCCCGGACUGAUGCGAGAAGCAGGCUGGGAAGGAACAGCGGAGCGGGGAGGAGUCUGAGGUGAGGCUCAAAAGCAGAGCUUCCCAGCCUGCCUCAUUCCUCUCCGGCCAUCUUGCCCAGCUCUUUGUCAAGAUUUCCUCAGCUGGGAACACUUUUUGCCAAGAGUUGGGAAUGGGAACAGAACUCUUCCCAGUUCUUGGGCUGAAUCUAGCAUUGUGCUUUAGAUUCAAAGGCUCCUUUACGGCCUUGCUGUCCCUUCCACCGUUUCCUGGGUUAGAGCAGGGAAGCAGAGGACCCCCCACCCCCAUCUUUAAUGACGUUACCUAAUUUAUUUGGUGCUAUAUUGAAGUAAUAUUUAUUUGCUAUAUCUAAUUCCUUCCUCCUCUUAACUGAAAUAAUGUGAUUUCUGUAUCACUGAAGAGAGGGAAAGCCAGAGCUGGGAGUGGGCUGCUUACCUUCCGGCCUCCCGCCUCCCGCUUCCCGCUUCCUUAGUGAGCGUGCUACUGAGGCCACAGAGACUGGUGGACUGGCGGGCUGAGUCUUUCCCUGCGCUCAAGGUAGGGUCCUAAUGAGCAGUCCCUCUAACUCUUGACAGUUCUUGGCUCUGAGAGGAAGUAGUGGGGCAGGGCACUGACCGCCUCCCAGUCCACCCCUUCACCUUCUUCCCUCUCCUGCUUGGCUAAGGGGUGGAAGAGGAUGCCUUGGGCUUCAGGAGGCAGUUGCAGAGCUCACCCCAGCCUGCCUAUGUUCCUCACUUCGUAUCUGUUUGUAAUCGGUAGCCCCGACCUGCAGUACAGUGUGUCUUUUGUUCCUUAAGCUGAAGAAUAGGCAUGGCAGCUCAGUAGUACCGGAGGCUGCCUGGCUUCUGUUCGCAAGUGGGAACCAGCGAGAUGAGUGGUGUUUCUAGUCCUCGCCUCUAUGUCCAGCCUGAGUGUGGAGCUGGAGAGAUUAAACAGUGACCCCUG